AGAGGAAGAAGACGUCGAAGGGGGGAGGAAGGUCACCAAUGGCGAUCACCUGUUGCUCUCUCUGCGGGCCCCUCCCUUCCGUGCUGACGAAGCCCCUUCUUCCUCCCCGGAGCCUUGGCGGGUGGAGCGGCUCCUCCGUUGCGGCUGCCCCUUCUGGGCGCCUCCGGAAGGUUCCGGCGCUCCUUGUCAGAGCCUCGGUGGUCGAUUUAUCCGAGAGCUCUUCCAGGUUCGCCAAGCGCAUGGAGCGCGCCUGGCUCAUCUCUCAGCAGCCAACUCCAACUUCUUUAUCCUUGGCAAUAAAAUGCUAUGUGAAGUGCCUUCUAGAAAUACCACCUGUGUUAUAUGCAUGGGAAAGGGUUCUGCUUCUUGCCCUGAUUGCAAAGGCACAGGCUUCCGUGCAAAAUGGUUGGAGGAACCUCGGGCCCCCUUUGAAUAGACCGCUCCCAUCUAUGUUCUAUGAUGAUUUGUAGAUAAUAUAAUUUUGAUGACUGUUACAGAAUCCAACUAUAAAGCGUUUGCUGCAAGACUAGCUGCUUCAAAUUGUUAACUAAUGAGAAAUUCUUUUUUUGAUGGCACAUCAAAUAUUC